AUGGCAAAUAAUCAAAAUCCUAAUAUUGGUUUAAACAAUGUUGCAAAUAAUUUGAAUCAACUGGUUCAACAGUUAAUGGCAAAUGCUAAUCAACCCCAAGAAGUGGAACAAGCAUUUAAGGCAAAUAGGGUGCCUGAUGCAAGAAAAAUUCCAAUUAUUGUUUCUCAUCUAAAAGGGUCUGCUGCUACCUGGUGGAUAAACAGGAGGGUUCAAAACCCAGCUGUUAAUAGGUGGGAUGAUCCAAUGGCACAACCACUUAGCUUUAAAUCAAAUUUUCUUAAGCAAUUUAGGAUUGUAUCUUUGAAAGAAAAAUGGUUUUCACAACUUACUCAAAGAAAACAAGGACCUACUGAAACAGUUGAACAAUUUUAUCUGAUUAUUGAGGAUUUAUUUAGAAAGGUUAUAACAGGAGAAAAUUAUUUUCCUGAAAUGGCAAAAGCUCAUAUCUUUCUUAAUGGAUUGAGACCUGAAUUAAAUAGAGCAGAACAAAAAGAAAUCUCAAAGGACAAAUCCUUUGAAAUGCAAAGGAAAGGAACCUAUGAAUUCCAAAGUAUUCCUACUGAGAGAAAAAAGCCAAAAAGGACCACAACAAGGAAAAGAAAUAUUGAGGAUGAAUUACCAGCAAUUGCAUCUUUGGUAACUCCAUAUUCAAUUGUAUCUAAUCUUCAAAAUAAACCUGUCAACAUAACCUUUGGACAAUUAUUGAAAGAGAUACUUUCUAUGAGGCAGAAACUUUCAAAAAGUUUGACCAAAAAGAGAACAGUAAGGAGAAAAACCAAAAGGAAUGUUAAUGUUGGAACUUCUCAAGAAUCAACAGCUUUAUACUGUAUUGCUACAGUUUAUGAACAUAAAAUUUCAUUAAUUAUUGAUAGUGGAUUAUUUGAAAGUGUUGUAACUAUACAACUGUUGAAAAAAUUGAAAGUGAAACCUGAAAGAUCUUCAAUAAUUAAAAUGAUCAGUGUUCAUGGUGAAAGCAAAAGGGCACUGGAUAAAAUUUCAAAUCUUCCUUUCAAUGUAGGAGGUAAUGAAAUUCCUGUGGAUAUAGUUAUAACUGAUACAAACUUUUACCAGGCCUUGGUAGGAAAUAAUUGGCUUUCUAAGGUCAAUGCACUUAUUGAUUAUAAUGGAUCUCAAAUGUCUAUUUUCUGGAACAACAAGAAAAUUAAAAUUCCUGAUCAAUCAUCCAACUUUGAGGAAAAUUAUUCAAUGUCUUCUUUGAAUGAGAAGCAACUAUCUGACUCCAUAAAAAAUAAUUCAAUAUUUUCUUUUGAUGAAACAAUAAUUCAUAUUGAGAAUCAAUCAUCAAGCUCUUUGAAAAAUCAAAUAACUUCUUUGAAUGAAUUAAUAGUUAAUGAGAAUCAAACUGAAUAUACUUUUAAUUCUUUGAAAAAUCAAUUGAAUCAAACAUAUAAUGAGAAUAAGGAACCAUCUGAAUGUUAUUAUAAUUCAGUGGAAAAUUAUUUAACAAUCUAUUUUGAUGAAAUAGAAAAUAAUGAAGCUAAUAAAACUCAAAUUGAAAACUUGGACAAGAAAAACUUGAAGGAUUCAACUCAAAUCAUCAAAUUUGAUAAGGAAACAUCUAUUUGA